AUGUCGGAUCAAAGAGAAGCUGGGCAUUUUGGGAUCAAUGAAAAUGAUGAAGUAGAUUUAACCGCUCCGCAAUGUUUAGAAGUAUAUUUUUCCAAAAAGUCUCUGAAUAGAUCAUUACAAAAAAUUAAUAAUGGAAUAUUACAAAAUCGUGAUUGUCAUAUUGGACGCAAAGAGCUUGAAGCGUUGAUAGAAAUUUUCACUAAAGCAAUGGCGCAGAUUCCACGUCAAGGAGCUCGGUCUAAUUUAGCACGACGAGUCGGAGCGAAGUGCGAUUUUAUUUCAACUGAUGAAACUCAAGAGGAUCAGAAGACAGACAAUGUGUGA